AUGGACGAGUACAUAAAACGGCACCAAGCAGCCUAUCGCUCCCGCACUGGACAAGUUUCUGAGACGCAAAAACAAGCUCUGGGAACAGAAUCUACUCCAAGCAACACUAUUCAUCCAACCCACUCAAAUCCACCAAAUAACCUAAAAAACCCUCAAAAUUGUGAUUUGGAAAUAGACCUAGACGAACUGGCUAAGACUGAUCCCGAUCUUGCCAGUGAAAUAUUGUGCCGUAAACUGCAAGAGGAGAUGGGAAAUGAGGCAAGGGUUGAAAGUAUGGCGCAUGAAGACUAUGUGAGACCGCCAGACUCAUCGUUUUCUGAAUGUUUAUUCGGAGGAUCUUCGUGGAGGGCUAGCAUGUCCAGAUCAACAUUAUCUCAAUCACAAAAUUCGGAGCAUUCCAAUGUCGACUCAGAUGAGCAUGAUGAGAAUUUGCAGGCAGCAAUUGGACAGAGUUUGAUUGAAAUGUAA